AUGGCUUCUACAGCCAACAAAGUCGGCCUGAGCCUGGCAAAGGUCCUGGGCAUCGACCUGCACUACCGUAACGAAACUGGAUCAGAGCGUGUAACCCGAGGCGAAAGCGUCUUUACUAUCGACUCAGCGGACACCUAUGUUGAAGACGAACCUACUGCGAAGGAAUGGAUCCAAGAUACUCUUCCCAGUGGUCCCGAGCUGAGAGCGUACUGCUACAGCCUGUUUCCGUUCCUCCACUGGAUAGGUCGCUACAACGUACAAUGGCUAAUUGGAGACCUUGUUGCUGGUAUCACCGUUGGCGCUGUUGUCGUUCCUCAGGGUAUGGCUUAUGCAAAGCUCGCUGAGCUUCCUGUCGAAUUCGGACUGUACUCUUCAUUCAUGGGUGUACUCAUCUACUGGUUCUUUGCUACCUCAAAAGAUAUCACCAUCGGACCCGUCGCGGUUCUAUCCACAGUAACCGGCGGCGUUGUGCUAUCAGCGGAGGAGAAAUUGGCUGGUCAAAAUAUCUCGCGCGACAUGAUCGCAUCUUCCUUGGCCAUCAUCGCCGGAUCGAUCGUUCUUUUCUUGGGUCUGGCCCGUAUGGGCUGGAUUGUGGAUCUCAUCUCAUUGCCUGCGAUCUCAGCGUUCAUGACCGGUUCCGCACUCAGUAUCGCUGCUGGCCAGUUUCCAACCAUGAUGGGUAUCACAGGUUUCUCGACUAGGGACCCCACAUAUAGAGUGGUGAUCAACUCGCUCAAGCACCUCGGACGAACCAACCUCAACGCAUCAUUCGGUCUGACCUGCCUCUUCCUCCUAUAUGGCAUCCGUUUUACUUGUGGCCAGCUCGCAAAGCGCUUCCCCACCCGCGCGAAGCUGUUCUUCUUCAUUAACACCCUGCGAACAGUGUUUGUUAUCUUGCUGUAUAUCUUGUUCAGCUACCUGGCAAACAGAGAGCACAGGGCCAACGGAACCAAGCCGAUCAUCACCACCCUUGGAAACGUUCCACGAGGAUUCCAACACGCGCGCGUACCCAAGGUCACGAUCCCUAUCAUUAAGUCGUUCGCCACCGAAUUGCCAUCGACGGUCAUCGUCCUCCUCAUUGAGCACAUCUCCAUCGCUAAGUCUUUUGGACGAGUGAACAACUACGUUAUCAACCCAUCGCAAGAGCUUGUGGCCAUCGGCGUCUCCAACUGUCUGGGCCCCUUUCUGGGAGCAUACCCCGCAACCGGUUCUUUCUCACGUACUGCCAUCAAGUCUAAGGCUGGUGUCCGUACGCCUUUCGCAGGUGUCAUUACGGCCGUUGUAGUGCUGCUCGCUAUCUACGCACUUCCAGCUAUGUUUUGGUAUAUUCCCAACGCGGCGCUGUCGGCAGUCAUCAUCCACGCAGUGCUCGACUUGAUUACGCCACCAAACACCGUGUACCAGUUCUGGAGAAUCUCACCACUUGAGGUCUUGAUCUUCUUCAUCGGUGUUCUCGUCACUGUCUUUUCCAGCAUCGAGAACGGUAUCUUCGUUACAGUUUCCGUAUCGGCCGGCAUGUUCGCUUUCCGUCUGUUCAAAGCCAAGGGCCGUUUUAUGGGCAGAGCCAAGAUCCACUCCGUUAUUGGCGAUCAUUUGCUGGACCCACACGAAGAAGACAAGGUGCCUUCCCCUGGUUAUAAGCAGAAGCCUACAGAGGGAGAGCACUCCAUUCGCGAAGUUUUCCUACCCAUUGAUCACAAGGAUGGAUCCAACCCGAGCAUUCAGUUGGAAGACCCUUACCCAGGUAUCUUCAUUUACCGCUUCAGCGAAGGCUUCAACUACCCCAAUGCGAAUCACUACCUCGACCAACUCACCGAAAUCGUCUUCGCUAAGACACGCCGUACAAACCAAGCGACUUACAACAGACCCGGCGACCGCCCAUGGAAUGACCCUGGCCCUCGCCGCGGAAAAGAAUCUCAAACGGAAGACGAGCGGCCCACACUCAAGGCUAUCAUUCUCGACUUUUCGUCUGUGAACAACGUCGAUCUUACUUCGAUACAAAACUUGAUUGACGUAAGGAAUCAGCUCGACAAGUACGCAGCUCCAGACACGGUCGAUUGGCACUUCUGCAACAUCAACAACCGCUGGACCAAGCGCUCUCUUGCCGCAGCCGGUUUCGGUUACUACACUCCCGAGACGCCCGACAGCGGCAUUACACACCGCUGGAAACCCAUCUUCAGUGUCGCCGAAAUUGGUGGUUCAGACUCGGCUGCCGCGCAAGCAGAAGCACGCGAGAACCUCCUCGCCCAACGCACAUUGUCUCAAGUACGAAGUCACGACAUCGAAGCCGCACAUCCAGAAUCGGGCGACAGCUCCGAGACGAAUAGCAUAUCCAAGCAAUUGGAACACAGCAAAGCGUAUGGAAAUGCUGAGGCUGGGGAUACUAGGCAAAGGGGCCGGAUAGCGGUUGUUCAAGGGCUGAACAGGCCGCUAUUUCAUGUUGAUGUUACGGCCGCGCUUAACAGUGCGUUGGCUAAUGCGCAGAGGAAGAGUCACUAA